GUUGACGGUCAAGAUUUGGUUCAAAUGGUUUCUUCAGUUCGGAGUUCAUCCUUUCAACCAGUAGAUAUCAGGAUGUCUAAAGCCGUCGAGGAUGACAAGAUGGGGAUUGAGCUUCCAGUGGACAGUACAGACUCCGAGAGGAACAGUCCGGAGGCCAGCGAUCAGACCCAGCCAAUGAAAACAAGUCCUUUCUGCCUGUCACCCGCACCCAGCAACACAAAGGUUAAAGCCGAGGAGGCCGCUGAGAUGACCAGUGUUCACGCUCCUCCAGCUCAGCCGGCUCUGCCACACACACAACUCAUGCUAGCCGGCAGUCAGCUCGCAGGGCUGGCUGCUCUCCUCCCUGCACAGCAGCAGCUGUUGUUGCAGCAGGCUCAAGCGCAGCUGUUGGCCGCAGCCGUGCAGCAGUCGAACGCUGCGCAUGCCGCCCACGCAGCCGCGGCGGCCAAUCAGCAGCAGCAGACGCAACAGCAGCAGGCCAAUCAGGCAGCAGCACAAGCCCGGUCUCACGCCAAACCUGAGCAAGCUCCGCCUCCACUUCUGUCCCAGCCUAUCCAGCUCACUGCCCAGGCUCUCUGUCUCUCUCUGAAGGACAUUCAGCAGUUGCUGCAGUUACAGCAGCUGGUCCUGAUGCCAGGUCAUCCUCUACAGUCUCCUGCUCAGUUCCUGCUUCCUCAAGCCCAGGCUCAGCAGGGUCAGCAAGGUUUGCUUUCGACACCAAAUUUGAUUCCACUACCUCAACAAAGUCCAGGGAGUCUCCUGACCUCCCCGUCUAGACUGGGCCUUCAAGCACAGUAUCAUCUUGACGACAGGCUGUGGUCAUUGCAGAGGGAGAAGAGCGUGGAGAGCGCUGUGAGCUCCGCCCCCUCCUCAGUCCCGCCCAUGAGCUCCGUUCCCACGGUGACAGCUCACGGUGAGGAGCCCAGCGAUCUGGAGGAGCUCGAACAAUUCGCGAGAACCUUCAAACAGAGGAGAAUUAAACUGGGCUUCACACAGGGGGAUGUGGGUAUGGCCAUGGGUAAACUGUACGGCAAUGACUUCAGUCAGACCACCAUCUCACGUUUCGAGGCUCUCAACCUCAGCUUCAAGAACAUGUGCAAGCUCAAACCCUUGCUGGAGAAAUGGCUGAACGAUGCAGAAAUCAUGGCGAUAGACAACAUGCUGCCGAGCCCCAGUUCGCUGUCCUCACCUCUGCUGGGCUUUGACGGCUUGCCUGGGCGACGCCGAAAGAAACGCACCAGCAUCGAGACCAACGUCCGCAUAGCCCUGGAGCGCAACUUCAUCUCGAACCAGAAGCCUACCUCUGAAGAAAUCCUGCUGAUGGCCGAGCAGCUCAGCAUGGAGAAAGAGGUCAUCCGAGUCUGGUUCUGCAACCGACGGCAGAAAGAGAAGCGUAUACACCCCUCCAGCGCCACCCCUCCUCUGCCCAGCCAGACUCCUGCUUCAAUGCACAAACCGCCCUGCUACAGCCCGCACAUGAUGUCCAGCCAGGGACUGGCUCAGGCCAUUACCAGUCUCAGCACAACAGCCGUCAGUCCCACAUCUUCUGUGGCCUGCCCUCUCAACCCCAGUGGACAUGCAGCAAUGAGCUCCGCCCCUUCCUCUGUGACUCCGCCUCCUCUCAGCACAGUCAGCCCCACUCCGCCCAGUCUCAGCAGCCCUGGUCUGAACACAGGCCCUGGCUGCCAGUGGUGGGCAGAUGCCCAUUUCCGCUCUUGACGGCAGCGGUCAAAUGUUCCUGGGUGGAGCUGGAGGUCCAGGAGCUGGACUUCGUCCGUCCCUCUUCCUAAACCACCCCACUUUACUGCCCCUGGCGAGGAGCGCAGGCAUGGGUCUGGUCGGCACCCCCAGGGCUUCUCCGCUUCCUGGUGCCAGUGGCACAAGCCCAGACUCCUGCUCCGUCUCCCCCUGCUCAAGCCCCGCCUCCUUCUGCUCAUUAGGCGAAGCCUCACCACCCCCUCUGGGAGGAGCCAUGGCUGAGUGACGCCCACACCAACCUGCUGCACUUGAGGGGAGUCAGAGGGGCGGAAGAAAGAAGACAGACAAGACUCGCCUUUUCAACCAAAGCCAUCUCUCCCUCCCUCCAUUUCUCUCUUGUGCUCUCUCUCUCUCAUUAUGUCUUUUAAUGCCAAAAAUACAGAGAAAUGAGCAGAAGAGAACAGGGAUAAGGAGAGAACAGGAUAACGGGGGACUGUUUAAACCAAAAAUUUGACCUAUACAGCGUGGAGAGGUGGCUUCAACGGAGCUACUUUGAGAAUGUACAUUUAUUCCUUUCCAAAUGGAAAAAGACAAAUAUACACGAACAGAUGAAUUUGAGGGCAGGGUCGAGAGCCAAAAAACUUUGCGAAGAAACAACAACAAAAAAGGAAAACGGGUGGCAGCGAAUGGAACAAAGGAAGGACAUUUGACAAAUGUCACUGGACGGUAGAAAGAGAAACCAAAAAAUAAACACAUGGAGGAAGAAUGGAAAGACUCACAAAGACAAAAAAUGCCAAAACCAAAAUACCAAAAACCAAAACCAAAAAAUCGGAGAGAAAAGCUUUAUUAAGACUUUGAAACCUGACUUGUCCAGGAUCAGAUUAAUUUUACACAACACCAAAAACCAUUUUUCCAUGCACCCCUAUAAUUAAAAAAAAAAUCUUUUUUUUAUCUAUUUGUAAAUGUAUUUCUCAAUCUACCUCUGCUACCAAGGAUUUAGAUUUUCUCAUUCUUUUUCAUUCCAUUUUCACUUUUGAUCCAUAAUAUUUUCAGCAUUUUUUUCCUGUCAAACUUACAAUGAAAAACAUGACGGCAAACAAAUUUAGAGGGAUUUUUUCCCACUUUCAGCAGUAAAACACACACACAUACACUGACACUUAUUGUGACACACAUCCCCGAUUUCCUUUCCAUCACUGAUCAUCCGCUGGAAACGCAUCCAUGCCUCAAACUUUGACUCACUUUUCUUGGAUACCAAAGCGUUUGUCUGGCCUUUUGCGUCAGCUGUAAAGUGCUCAGACGACAAGACCUCAGACAUGUAAA